UAGUUGCCCGCAGAUGAAAUAGUUACGAUGCCAGGAAACCCUUACGUGCUCGGAAAAAUGUUUCAAAUCGGGUGAAAAGUGCACAGUUUGCGAUGCAAAAUAUGUUGUUCGGUUGACGGAAAGUGGAAUGCGUGUUUUGCGAUAGUUUUCGUUGGGAAAUUUUCGAAGAAAGUGUCGAAAAACGGUGAAAAGAGGUCGAAUUUUUCGAGGAUCUCUUGGGCAAUUGGCCAGGAACGCACACAGUGCAAGGUGAUCGUGGAUCGCGACAAGCACGACACAAAUACAUUUGCGCUUACGAGUUUUGCUGCUGCUGCUGCUGCUGCUGCUGUGGUUUUAUUGAGCGUGUGAGUGGACGGGCCACCGUUUGUUUAUGUGAAAUUGUUGGAAUUCCUUUGCCCGAUCCUAUAAGGUGGGCUUUUAGUUAGUUGCCCACAUGCUGACGAUCCCGGUGUGUUGUUAUUUUGCUCAACCUGCUUGAAGGCUCCACACGGAGCUUGUGCGGUCGACCGUGUAUUGGUGGAUGAUCUUUCGCUUCCGGGGAAAGGGGGCGGGAGUGCGGAAUAAAGGAAAAUAUUUCGCUUCGGGGAGAGAGGGAAGAAAAUCCACAUUUCUCCUCAUCAGUGCGAUCGGCGGCAUUUAACAGCGGCCAGCAGCGCUCUGUCGCCAAUGUGACCGAUUUAAUCAUUUAUUGUGAAACGAAUUACCGAGCAAUUAGUGUGGCUCAUGAAAGAGCGGCAGGAAAUCGAUAACAGUGGCCAAUUUGAGCAAAAGAAAUUAACCAAGUGCAAUCAUUACCUCCGAGAUUGGUGCAUGAUUGAAGCUGGAAUCGAGGGCAGAGCAUGACCCUUUUGACGGCUUGAAGAAAAGUGAAAAAUACAGUGCAGCGACAUCCAUUCAUUCGGUGCCAUUUUCCCACCAUUUAGUGAAAACAUGCCAGAUCUACUGCACACGUAGUAGACACUUAAUAUAGAGUUAUUUGCUGCUGCUUUGACUGAUGCAGACGGUGCCAUGUAUCACGGUGGAACGAAAGUUGCAUGCAAAUGAAACACGACAAACCCAGCGAUGAGUUCAUCGUCCAAGACAAGAAAACGUUCGGGAAUUGCACAACCUAUCUCAAAUAUCUUAUAGCGCCUGCACCAAACAGAAAUAAAAAACAAUAAUGGCCGAAUUCCUUCCACUCUGUGAUGUACUGUUCAACGUGAUCUCGCUGGCUGGUUACUUCUGUGACGUGGUGUUCGACGUCGUGCUCGGCUAUGCCCUGUACGAGAGGCAAAAGUUCGCCUAUUUUGCCGCCGUUAUCGUGAUCGUCAGUUUUUCCCUCGUCAUUUCACAGAUUGUUUCUGUACGAUGGUAUUUAAAUAAACGAAAGUUGAGAGGUUCAACGGCAGCCACCACCGGACCACCCACGGAAGGUCCGGAUAGUCCGGAGAAUAGUCUAGAAAAGAAGAAGAAGAAGCCUCCGAUCGAGCACGUAACUAAAGCGGCAAAGUAUAGCCGAUAUGCUGUACUGGCACUGCACUGCACCCAGUUGGGUGUUCUUUGGCGUUACGCAAAACUCUUCGUGCCGGUUGACCUGCGCCACGUGAAGCACGAGGUUCGGGAUUUAUGCAUGCUCAGAUUAGUGCACGCAUUCUGUGAAGCUGCACCGAUGCUUCUGCUGCAGCUGUAUGUUUUAGUUAAUUUGCAGAAUGAGAACCACCUGAGUACGCUGAAAUUGAAAGCACUAGCCAGCAGUCAUCACUUGUCCAGUACGACUCUAGUGCAGCAGACAAGUCUAGCCGAACAACAGCAGAAGACAUUCCGGGAUCUGAAUAUGGUUUCGGCAACGUUGUCACUAUUCAGCGUCUGCUGGGCGCUGGCCAGUUUCAGCAAGAAUGUCCGCCUUCAAAACGUGCAUCGAUUGGUGCUGACAUGGCUCGGAGUGAUAUUCCAGUUUCUGUGGCGACUCGGCACGGUGAUAUCGCGUGUUAUUUCUCUGACCGUGUACGCGUCGGUCUACAGCCAUUGGGUGUUUCUCGUUAUCAUUCUCCAUUGGUUCUCAAUGUUCCUGUGGCUAAUUUCGCCAAAAAACGUUUUCCACGGAGAGCGGAUAUCAAGACUGAAGAAAGCCAUGCUCGGAGGGUUGAUUGCCUUCGUUUAUAUUUUCGCAUAUAUCAAUCUGCAGGAAGUUCGGCAUCGACAGAAAAUGCUUACCUUCUAUGUGGUGAUGUUUAUGGAAAAUUGUUUACUGGUGUGCCUCUGGAUGGUCGGCAUAUGGCAUAACCGUCCCGAGGGAUGGUAUACUAUCCCAAUAUCGGUACUGUGUAGUUUUGCCAUCGGUUUGUUCUUCAUGGUAGUGUACUAUCGAUACUUUCAUGUAAGGCGACUGGGCUACGAGUCGGGGGGACGAGCGCCAUGGACCGGUAACAAGUGUGGACAUUGCCUUGACUCAUGCCGUUGUCCAGAAAAUGCCGAACACGUUGAGAUUGGUAAAUUCACAGGAGGUUGUGGCAGUCAAAAGUACCCCCAUGCCAUACCGGGUGUAUUUAACUGUCGAUUUUCCAAUCCGGUGAACGCUGCAACCAAGAGGAAAAAGAAGAAACCGACUACUUUUGUGCCGCCUCCAAAUCUUGCCAUUCAAUCUAAUGCUACAGAUCAUGGAACGGCCAUCGGACCGAUGGCAAUACCGUUUUGGAGAAGGCCUUUGCCAAGGUCUCACACAGGGGGGUCCAGUGAAAACGAGGGAAGCAGUAUUGGUUCAAGAGUAAAUAUCCAGCAGAAAUUGCAGGAGAAGAAGCAGAAGCAGCUAGCCGAAUUGAAAAUCAUUGAAGAGGAGAUUAAACAGGGAAAACUGGGUGGACCUGGGACGGGCACACUUAGUUCUGGAGACGAUGGAAAAGCCACUCUACCGAGGCAACCGAUUCCCCGGGUCAAAAAGCAUAUCGAUAUUGAUCCGAUGGAUUGGCGACCCUCGAGUCCGGACAUGGCGGAAAUGUCCGUGGAGAAAUCCUUCAACGAUCUCAACCUGCUGCUGGCAGCUAACCUAGAUGAUGUAAAUAACUUGAACAAAUUUAAUUCUAAUUACGAUCCCAUCUACAAUAGUUUUGGACUAAACGGGAUCAAUAUUUCGGCAUUAGUUACUAUGAAAAAUGCCGAAACACAACAAGCAGUGGCUAACAAUAGGAACAUGUCUCCCAUUUCCUCUCAGAUCUCGGCAACGGAAAGCAACUCUCUCACUCGCCAAGUUCAUCCUCGAUCGAAAAUGCUGCCAAACAAUGUGCCAAGAAAUCCGUUCGCUGAAAACUACCGGGGAGGAAACUUUGUAAAUUUGUACGCCGAAGCCGCUGCCAACGGUAAUAGGCCCCCGUCUAUUAGUCCGCGGAAUGCAGAAGUGACUACAACCAAUCGAGCCGUACUAUACGACAACCACAGUCGACUUUACAUGGAUGCAAACCAUCCGCGUCAGGUGUCCGGCACGUACAGUAGCAUGGAAAAUGCAGGCGCCGAGAAUUUGCCAUUCCCGUACAACGUGGUUCCACCUCCACGCAGCAAGUUGGACAGCCGGGCAACGCCCACGAUGCCCAACAACACCAGUGCCACCAACACGGGAAGCAGCAGUGGCCAUAACAACAAUAGCAGCAGCACUAGCAACAAUGUGCCGCCCAGUGUGCUUCCGGCAACGGCGAUCAACAACCUGAACAACACCAAGCGGCAGAUGCAGCGAGCGAAAACUCCGGAGAUUCUACUAGCGCCACACUAUCUGGAAAACUCCCGGAUCUACUACGAUUGGGUGGCACGAGAAGCGGCUAAUUUCAGACUUCAAGAAGCCGACAGGAACCAAUCGGUAGUGAGUAGCGGUGACGAGAAUCUCGAUGCCGUGGAUGAUGUCCAUAACGGUCAUCGGAUACCGUCCGACAUUGAUAGUCAGGUGUCUCUGCCACGAUCCUACACGCUGCCACGGGAGUUCAAGUACUACCGCCGAAACAAGGGCCGUAAGACGAUCAAAAACGAGCAUUUCAUCGCAAGUACCAAUAGCAGUGAUGGCGACGUCGAUAGCGGUGACGAUAACGAGUCCGAACAGCAUUCAAACAUUUCCAACAAUUCUCAGCAGCGAUUGAAAAACGCCACGCCAAACCCCAAUAUUGGAGCAGCCACGCAGCGAUUGAACAAUCUUAACAAAAACUCUGGCACCGUUCACUACGGCCAGAACAUAUCGCCUAGUGCGACCAUGUUGGCUAACGGUGGUCCAUCCGUGGCCAACUCUAGGCAGGUGUUGAAUGCUACACCCCAGAGCAUGCACAUGGUCAAUGGGUAUAGCAACAAUCUGAUGGCAAAUAGUGCCAAGCAGGUCCAUAGUUUGGAUUUAAUUAAUGGUGUAGAUAGUGCGGUUGGUGGUGGGCCUAGUAGUGGACCCGUGUCCUACAAUAGCAGACCGAUGCGACUUCGGAUGUACGGUGCCAAGAAUGGGAUGGUGCGGCACGAAACUAAAUUAUGAUUAUUGCACUAAGGUAUGAACUAGAAUAUUUAUCUAUUUUAUUUUAGAUAGGUAGCCUUUUUAAUGGAAAUGAUGAAAACGAAACGUGUUUUUGAGAAUAUUAAACUCCUUGUGAUAUAAUUUUAAUGUUUUUCAUAUUGAAGAUUGGUUGCUUAGGCGAUAUGUGAAAGCGAUACAAAAUUAGAGACUGGCGCUUUAAAAACGACUAUUUUAAUCAGUUUAUGUGAAUAGAUUUUAACAUGACCACUCAAACAAAAUGUUAUUUACUUUACUACUGAAAACUCUAGGUAAUUUUACUUAACUCAUAUAGCGUAAGUUGCUCAGAAAUGCAUUUUAAAUAAA